CUACUAUAGGCCUAUUUAAUAUUGUGUCUAAGUAUUUAUUUAAAGUGGCACAGUUACGUCUUUCAUUGUUUUGGUAAAUAGAGUCAACCAUGGCGGACGACCAAGACCAGGCCAUACCUGUUCAGACAGUUGAAGAACCUCUUGACCUUGUCAGACUCAGCUUAGAUGAGAGGAUUUAUGUAAAGAUGAGAACAGACAGGGAGCUAAGAGGCCGACUACAUGCAUAUGACCAGCAUUUGAACAUGAUUCUUGGCGAUGUUGAAGAGACUGUCACAACUUCAGAAAUUGAUGAAGAAACAUACGAGGAAAUUUUCAAGACCACCAAAAGAUCAAUAGCCAUGCUGUUUGUUAGAGGAGAUGGAGUUAUUUUGGUAUCACCGCCCAUGAGGACUGCAACAUAAAUUACUUGUAAUGUUUUUUUUAUUAUUAAACAUUGUAUUGGAACUAUUUCUUGUUUUAUUAUUACAUAUGAAAUAAAUCAUGAACAAUA